UGCCUGCGCAGCGGGAUUCGCCGGGGUCCUUUGCAGUGACCCGGCCACACAGGACUUUGACCCAGCGCACGUGACAAUCCCCAAGUCCUGUCACCUCUGCAGGAAGCGGAAUCGCAGCAGGACGGGCUGCUCCCUGGCUGCCCUGCGGAAGGGUCGUGGGUGCUCGGCAGUGGAUCGGCGUUGGUGGCAUCAUGGCAACCGCGGUCACCGGAAAGCUCAGCCGCCUCUUCAUUAACGUGCGCCAGGUCCCCCAGCUGCUGGUCCCGCCGUCCCCCGCCACCGUGAGCAGCUCAGAGGUGCCCAAGGUCUUCUGGAAGCCCUACAUCCACACCGGCUACCGGCCCGUUCACCAGACCUGGCGCUACUACUUCUGGACGCUCUUUCAGCAGCACAACGAGGCUAUCAAUGUGUGGACCCACCUGGUGGCAGCCCUGAUUCUGCUGCUGCGCUUCCAGCAGCUCUCGCAGCGCGUGGAUUUCGGGCAGGACCCCCACGCCCAGCCCCUCCUCAUCAUCAUCGCCGCAUCCAUCACGUACCUGACGUUCAGCACCCUGGCUCACCUGCUGCAGGCCAAGUCCGAGUUCUGGCACUACAGCUUCUUCUUCAUGGACUACGUGGGGGUUGCCAUUUACCAGUACGGCAGCGCCCUCGUGCACUACUACUACGCCAUCGAGCCCGGCUGGCACGAGAGGAUCAGGGCGUUCUACGUGCCGGCGGCCGUGCUGCUGGCGUGGCUGUCGUGCGCGGGCUCCUGCUACGCCAAGUAUCGCUGCCACGAGUCCGCGCAACUGCUGGGCCGCCUGUGCCAGGAGGCACCCUCGGGCCUGGCCUACGCGCUCGACAUCAGCCCCGUGAUCCACCGCAUCUACAGCGCCCGCGCCGCCGAGCGCGACGACCCUGCCCUCCUCUACCACAAGUGCCAGGUGCUCUUCUUCCUCAUCGGUGCCUUCUUUUUCUCGCACCCUUAUCCCGAGAAGUGGUUCCCUGGGAAAUGUCACUUUUUUGGACAGGGCCACCAGAUUUUCCACGUGUUCCUGGUGCUCUGCACGCUGGCACAGAUUGAGGCGGUGGUGCUGGAUUAUGAGUCCAGGCGGCAAAUCUACUCUAAGCUCCACGGGGACUUAGCUCACAAUUUUUCUGCCCUCUGCCUUUUCACUGUAACCUGCUCUGUUCUCACAGCCGCUUACAUGGCCAGGAAGGUGAAGCACAAGCUGAGCUUCAAAGAGGAUUAAGACCCCCAAAGGAGACGCGUUUGGGCUCACCUGGGUGCUUGCUGUAGCUGUGGGAUGCGCCUGGCCCCAGACCCCAGGAGAGCAUGAAAUAUUUUGCCAACAGCUCCCAGUCAGUGCUCUCUGCAGGGGUGACGCUUUGAGCUGCUCUUUAAGCUUCUUAAACUUCAAAGCUAGUUUCCACUUGUUCUUAAUGGUACACCAAUUUAAUACAAAUGUCUGAAUAAAC